UAUUCUGUUAUACUGUUUCUUUUCUGAAAUAUAAUGUACACUCCCCCUAUUUGUGGAUAAAAUGUACUGUUCCAGUUACAAACAUGGACAGGGACAUGGCGACCUCCUUGUGACACACAGAAAAACAGAAUCUUUGACUUAACGGUGAGCCCUUUUGUUGCAUGGUCAUCUGGAUAAAAUAACAGUUCUUCUGGAAAAUGCCACGCCUGACCCAACUGCUGGCCAUGGCGGCCCGUACCUGGACUAAAGAGGAGGCGGAAUACGUCCCAAAAUACAUCAGAUACGGCAUGAAUAAACCCGGCUCCCUCGGGCACAAGAUGGCAAACUUGAACCCCAACAAACCCAGGAAGAGGGUGUGGGUAGAACCAAUCAAGGAUGAGAAUUGGAUGGUGAAAAAGGGAGAUAUUGUCCAGAUCCUAAGAGGUCGUGACGAAGGGAAACAGGGAAAAGUUGUCCAAAUCAUCAGGGAAAGGAACUGGGUUGUGGUGGAAGGACUCAACUGUCAUUAUAGGUACAUUGGGAAGAACCCAGCUAAAGACUUCCCAGGGCAGAUGGUGAGAAGUGAAGCUCCACUCAUGUACAGGGAAGUCGCACUGAUUGAUCCAUCAGACAAUGAACCAGCAGAGGUAGAGUGGAGGUUUACAGAGGAUGGAGAGAAGGUGAGAGUGUCCACACGGACGCGACGCAUCAUCCCUGUCCCACCUGAGGCAACCGCUAGAGAGGAUGGGAUCGUACCCGAGGCCUACAAAGAAACUGCUAAAGACACACUCUCCGAGGAAGCAACUCGAAGGACAUAUGUCCCAUCACUGGCUUCAUUCGAGGAUGAAAUUUUGACUCAUGUAGGAAUAGAGAAACCAGAAAAGAAUCCUGUUAGAGUUUUCUGGUACUGACAUAUAUAUUUUGUUAAAGUGGAAGCUGCGAUACACAGGUCGUCAGUUGCAUGCAUUUCUAGUGUGCAUGACAGAUUUCUUUUCCAGUAUUGAAGCCAAGACAUUCCAAAGCUUUGCCUUCAGGUUAAGAGCUGCACAUUAACAACACCCAUCUCUGUCAUGGGCUGGCUUUGAAGAUCUUGGCAAAUAUAUAGUGCUGUCUUAUUGUGAAUGUUACAUGUAUGUACCCUGAAGCAAAAUGCAAGAGAAUGAUAGAGAAUUUGUGGACUAAAGCCUGUCAAUAGCCAAGCAUUUUGUAAUAAAGUUAGUAAGAUAAUACAUAUUUACUGUUCAAAAGUCAAUGUUGUUUUAAUGGACAUUUGAGAUAUGUAACAUUAGAUCUCAGGAGUAUUAGUGUUGCACAUACAAUGAACAUACACGUUCAACAUGUAAUGGCAUUCAUUGCCUAACAUAUGAUGUGUGAAUAAAAAAGUAUGUCAAGCCUUA